AUGGAUGAGGACUUGGAUGGCAGCGCGCUGGGAGUCAUCGUGCCUUCGUCUACGGUGAACGGCUAUACGUCAAACUUCGCCGAGUGGCUUAAUCCCAAUGACGAGGAGUCGAAUCCGGAGCGCGUUACUCUUGUGCGCAAAUCAUGCAGUCUGGAUGGCAAGGGAGGAACUAAUGAGGGGAUAGUUCACGCCACGCCGCCGACCAUUGCAGCGAGUCUCAUGGAGGCUGUCAGUGCCAUGGACCCAGACGGCAUCCGCACCAGCACGACAAUCGUGCUCUUCACCUUCCAGAGCUUCCACACGAAGGUGCUGUCUAAGAAGCAGAGGGUCAAUGUCAAGAAUGGAAACAGCAAGCAGGCCGAGAAAGAGACCCGCAACGAUAUAUUCAUGGAGCCGAUUGACGCUGCGAGAUCAGAUCUGGAGGAGAUAUUCAGGUACGCAGAUUCCGAGGAAGAAGUCGACAGUCCCAUCGGGUGCAAAAGGCGAAGAGGAAAAGGGAUCUCUCGACAAUUUCUCAAGUGCCGGCAAGUACCCCGUCGACUGAUAUCGCGGCCGACCCUAACCGCAGUCAGAUUCACGGCCCAGUCUCUUCCGAUGACUAGACCGAUCAGGAUUGUACCGUUGCUGGGAAGGGCAUGCAGCACCAGAAGAAUAUUGGGACAGAGGUGGAGUGCAGGUGUAAUUGUGGGGAACUCAACGGGAGCCGGAAGAUCAUGGUCAUUACCAAGAAUAGGCUUUCGCCGGAGGACAUCGAGGUUGUCGGUCUCCACUACGAAGCCUAGCGAUGCAAUGAGCUUGGAGCCCGCUUGA